CAACUCCCUCCCCAAGCUUCUAGCAUUUUCUGCGACACCCAAAACAUAAGAACCCUUACAAAAUUUUACAGCCCAUUACUCUGGAUAAGGAACUAGCAAACCAAAGCAAGAAAAUGGCGGAGGAAGUGGCGCUGGAUGUGGAGGAGCUCCGCCACCUUCAGAGCAUCGCGAAACGACCCCGUGUGAUCGACGUCAUUUCCUCUGAGAUUCGCACUUUAGAGAAGAAGUUGUCACAAGAGGCUGUUCCUUCACCUGCAUUGCAAAUCCCAACUCCAGCUUCAACUGCUACUGCCACCCCAGCUCUGCAUUACACUACGCUUUCGUCGUUCAGCUGGGACCAGGAUAAUGAUAAAGUGAAGAUAUACAUUUCUCUGGAAGGAGUUGAUCAGGAGAAGAUAGAGGCUGACUUCAAGCCUAUGUCGUUGGACAUCAAAUUCCAUGAUGUGAAAGGAAAGAAUUACAGGUUCGUUUUGCCUAAGCUGAACAAGGAGAUUAAUCCAGAGAAGUGUAAGGUGCUGGUUAAGCCUACAAGGGUUGUUAUCAAUUUGGCUAAAACUUCAAAGGAUUACUGGUUGGACUUGAAAUUUAAGGAGGAUAAGUUGAAGCCGAGCCUGGAUAAAGAGAAAGAUCCCAUGGCCGGAAUCAUGGACUUGAUGAAGAACAUGUACGAAGAAGGGGAUCCGGAGAUGAAGCAAACAAUUGCCAAAGCGUGGACCGAUGCAAGGCUUGGAAAAACCGGCUGAUCUACCGAAGGGGUUUCAACUAAUAUGGAGCUGAGUCAUUGUUUUUUAGUAGUUUUCUGUUGUUUAUAUGAUCUUAAUGCUCAGUGAGUUCUUUCGCGGUAGAAUGGUUUGCUGUGUUGUUACGAAACUCUGUUGCACGUAGCUUUUCCAGAGUUAUAUAUAAAAGAUUGAAAGGAUUUCAUUUUA